AUGUCGGGCCCGGAGAAGUUCGCGGUCAACGGUCCGUCUCACCUCUACGGAACCUUACCAACAUCGACAGGAACAUUAUGUGAGAGCAUCAGCUCGGCACACACAGCACAUAUUAUUGUUGGGUUGGCGAGUGUUGCAGACACGGAUGAUGGCGACCUGGCUGUUGCACGCGGUGGCCGCCCUCCUCACCGUGAUCCUGCUGUUCUUUCGACAGCGCUGCGCCGUGGAGGCCGGAGCCAGCCGCGAGGCCAACAAGCGCAGGAAAGAGGUAGCCGGCGCAUGCGCAUGCUCGUGCAGUACCCGGCCCCUGGCUGCGCUCGCGCUGUUCGCUGAGAACGUCGUGAGUGCACGCGCCGUCGUACGCCAAACGCAGCCCAAGUACAAGCGUGACCCAGAGAUAACGCUCGACAACGAGAGCCUCGGCAAGCACCCGCGCGAACAGAACGAUUAGUUGCCACACGCCCGCCACUAUUCAUUAUAUUAUAACACAAGCUACUAUCGCGCGGUUUCACCCGCUGCUAGGCUCCAUUUGAUCGUAGCAUGAUGUUUUAUAGCCUAUAGCACUCAGGAACAUUGUAGCUACCUAUCUAUCAGUGAAAAAAUAUUGAGAAUCCGAUCAGCUGUUCCAAAGAUUACCAUAU